UUGUAUAUUCAUGUAGUCAAACAUUUCUGCGUCAACCUGUCAUGUUUGGGCAAUCCUCAAUAUAUAUAUUAUAUAUUUGUUUUCAAUGCUCUUUACUGCCUUUUUAGGCUUAUUCUCUUAUUUGUGAAGGGAGAAGGGACUUAUUUCCAUUACCAAUAUUUUUAUAUUUAAUUAGUACAACGACAAAACGUAGGUAAGUACGCAGCAAUCAAAUAAUGAAACAUACAUAUUUGAUGAAGGGCCAAUUCCCUCAAAUCAGUUUGUUUACAGUACUUAUUAGCCAAACUACUUAAUUGACUGAGGAUACAUAUUAUCGUGUCAUUAAUUUAAUUGAAAUGUCGCAAAAUUAACACCCUCGUGGUUUGUAAGCUACAGUAUGAUUUUAUAAAUACCUAUUUCGUUUCAUUUAUUUUAAUUUCGAGUAUACAUACUUCAUUGAGUCCUAAAUUGGAUUACUUAUAAGACGCCACGUAAGACGAUUUAAAUGAUGACGGGAAAACGUAUACAGAGAGUACCUAAGGUGAUUAAUUUUUCUGUAUGUGGCUACUUCAGUAUCAUGUCAGCCACAAGACACUGAUAUUCCUUCGCUGAACAUAGGCCUCACCCAACGACUAACAGCUAAAAGACUAGCUGGUUGCAAAGAGCCUGCAUCCUGAUUUCAGUGGCAUCCUGCAACCUCUAGUAUGUCAACGGACUCGUGCAUCGAGAAAAUGUUCGUCCGAUCAAUAUCGUUGGUUUCAUACACAUCAUUUUUAACUAUAUCAUGUCGCAAAUGGAGCACGCUGUAGCUAUUUAGUUAAUUAAUUAUGUACUUACACUUAAGUAGCCUAAGUAGGUGCUAUUUUAUAGUGACAUAUUAAGUUAAUUAACUAUUUUGACUAACAAGUCCAUUUGAGGAAACAGAUUGGAGUUAUCAACAACUGAACUGUAAUACCAUCUGAAAAUGGAAGAUAAUGUAGCAUACUCUACGUUUCAAGGGUUUAGGCCUCACUUUGAUGCAUUAGCCAGGGUCGGUUAUUUCAAAAUAGUUCUAAAACCCAUUUCUUCUUUGAAACGAUUCUUUCACAACGUCUAUCGUUUUAUAUCGUGGAGUUUAAUUCUUACGUACAAUUUGCAGCAUGUUAUAAGAGUAGUUAAGGUCCGCCACAGCACCAAUCUGAUAGUGGACACACUGUUCAUUUUGUUAACAACUCUGAACACGUUGGGGAAGCAAACUGCCUUCAAUCUGAGGUCUCGUCGCAUUGAUGACAUCAUCAGUAUCAUUAAUGGACCAAUCUUCGCAGCAAGUAAACCAUAUCAUGUGGAAGUUUUGAAACAGAAUGCGUUGGUGAUGUCCCGGCUGCUGACUUUGUAUCAUGGCGCCAUAUUUACUUGCGGCACUCUGUGGACCGUGUUCCCGGUUGUUAAUAGAGCCCUUGGCAAAGAAGUACAAUUUACUGGCUACUUUCCAUUCGAAACAACAAGCACGUUAGCAUUCUCGCUGGCAUUGGCCUACAUGACCGUUCUGAUAACUUUCCAAGCUUAUGGAAACGUAACAAUGGAUUGCACGAUCGUAGCGUUCUAUGCACAAGCCAAGAUACAAUUACAGAUGUUGCGGUAUAAUCUCGAACAACUUGUGGUAUAUAGCAAUACUAAGAAGUUCGAUUCAAUAAAAAACCAAUACAGAGACGAAGGAGAAGAGAAGACAGAACUGCAGGAAAGAUUGAAGAAAUGUGUGAGACAUUAUAAUCAAAUUGUAAGAUUUGCAAAAGAAGUUGAGUCGAUAUUUGGUGAAGCAAUGGUCGUACAGUUCUUUGUGAUGGCUUGGGUCAUAUGCAUGACGGUCUACAAAAUUGUCGGUUUAAGCAUAUGUUCUGCGGAGUUUGUAUCGAUGGCCGUGUAUUUGGGUUGCAUGUUAGCCCAGUUGUUUAUUUACUGCUAUUUUGGGACGCAACUCAAAGUUGAGAGUGAGUUAGUAAAUCAAUCAAUAUACUGCUGUGAUUGGUUGUGCCUGUCGCCUCAGUUUCGAAGACAAUUGCUUGUGAUGAUGCAGUGCUGUGGUCGGCCACUGGCUCCCCGCACUGCCUACGUCAUCCCCAUGUCUUUGGAUACUUACAUACACGUGCUGAGAUCUUCAUAUACAUUGUUUACGUUCUUGAAUCGCUAGAGGGCUUUUUAUUUUACGUCACCAAACAAAAUAUAAGUCAUCGUUUUAAACAAAUUAGGUGUUAAAGUAAAUCUAGAAGGGUUUAGAAUAAAACUAGAGAUAGAAAGAAGCGGGGAAGCACAGAAGAGCGGGGUUGUUGAAAUGAUUUCAUUGCAAUUUAUCGCAAGAUGAAAACAUCACAAUACUGCGAGUUCUUGACUUUUAUUCUUGUGAUCUCAGCACAGAAUAGUAUUAGAGGUCGCUCGUAAAAUUGACCACCGUUUGAUUCAUUGCGCCUAUUUACUGCCGUUUUAUGGCCCAACGCUGCCUGAAGUAAACCGUAGUCGAUCUGAAAUUCCAGCAUUGUUCUCUAGUUGCUUCUUACACCGGUUGCGUACGUACACUACUUACUAGUUCUAAUUUAUUAAUUGCGACUCGACGUAACGCCUCUAACACGAGCUUACGUAGAUACAAAGCUAUUUAGGCGUCACGACGCAAAAGAAAGCACCAUUGUUUUGUCUGAAAAAUAAACAUAAAACACUAUAAAUAAAUAUCGGUGUUUUAUUUAUUGGUCGCAGCAUUUCCACAAUCUGGUAGGCGCCAUAAUUAUUUUAAGCACAGUUUCUUGAGCGAAUCGCUUAACUUUUGUGUGAGGUACGUACGGUGUGACUCACGCGGACUCCGCCAGACAAUCCAGGAGCCCGAAUCGGCGAAACCCGCCUCU